AUGUCUCCUGUUUCUCAGCCUGACUCCUCGGUGGAGCCCUUCUUUAACUCCAUGGUGCGACAGACGGGCAUCCCAGAUGUGUUCUCCCUCCAGAUGUGCGGAGCUGGGUUGUCGGCCAGCACCAUUGCCGACCCCACGGGGGGAAGUCUUGUGAGUAGUCAGGAGGAGAAAGCUAAAGGCUAUGAAUGGGAGGAGUGAAUGGUGGGGGGGAGACUUCCUUACAAAGGCUGGUUGUUGUACUGUAAAAGAGGAUGAUUAUUGAGGCUGUUCAUCUCACGCACCCUAGGCAGACGCUUGGCAUAAUAUUGCUCCCAACGCCCAGACCAGAUAAACCUUUCAAGGGCGGAUGAGACUGAGCGGCAUGGUGCUUUUUAGAAACAUGUGUUUCCCCAUUGUACGCCCAAUCUAGUUAGCGAGUGGCUAAUUAAGCUAAGAUAGCCCCCUGCUGAGAGCAGGUCUGUCGGUGUUAUACAAGCGGUCGAGCCGACCACGUGAGCCUCUGAGAGGGGCAGAUGGGAGAGAUGACGGGGUGUAAUCAGUGUCUGCAAUGCCAUACCAAACAGUGCCAAGGCUUGCCAUUGUAGUUUUAUUAUAGUAUUCAGGCUAUCAUUGUAUUCAGUCAUUUGUAAAGUGAAUGAAAACCCAGUUUUGUUUCAGGUCAUGGGAGGGGUUGAACCAACAUUGUAUUCAGGGUCCAUGUGGUACACCCCUAUAAAGGAAGAGUGGUACUAUCAGGUGGAAGUAUUGAAGCUGGAGGUUGGGGACCAGAAUCUAAACCUGGACUGCAAAGAGGUAUGAGACAGACUGUCCCCCUGUUGUUUUCUAAAUUGGUUUUUCCUGUUCUAAAUGGUUUGCAAGGUAUUUCAAUCUGCACAACACGUCAGGUUUGAGGAACAAAGACUAACCUUGGCCCUAAGCCUAAGGCUGUGUCUAGUCAACAGUCUUGGUGGAUGAGGCUGGAGUGCAGGUUCGGAAAGAGGAAAUAAAGCAACGCUAAUAAAGCAUGCCUGAGCUGAGACACAAGAAUGUGCUAAUCCUGUUUCUGAAGCCUUCCAGGAACCAAGGUGGACAUUUCAGCUUUCUCUUUGACUGAGAUCUUCUGAAAGGAAACCAUGUAACUGAAAAAAUUCUGUCUUCCCCUUUCUUUAUACAUCUUCUCUCUCUCCUUCUCUCUCCCUUUCUCUCUCUCUCUCUAUCUCUCAGUACAACAAGGAUAAAGCCAUAGUGGACAGUGGAACCACUCUGCUGCGGCUGCCUGUGAAUGUGUUCAAUGCUGUGGUGGAGGCGAUCUCAAGAACAUCUCUGGUAUGUCAGCCUCUGUGCCCAUGAUCAAAUGACUUCUAGGAUUACCUGGUUGUCUGAGGACACUUCAGUAACUAUGUAGACUGAGAACACUGAAACCUAUUUCCUUUCCAUACAGUAUGACCAUGGCCUGUAUUUUCCCACCCUUAUAUGGCAACUUUGUUCUGGUCUACAGAUCUGAGAGAAAAGUAGUGGUCAUCUAUGUAAAAGUACACUUUUUUUCACAACUAUGAGUAGUUUUGUUGGAGUCUUAACAAUCCGUCACUGUCUUUCUAUGGUCCAGAUCCAGGACUUCACCUCAGGGUUCUGGGGUGGUACUAAACUGGCCUGCUGGUUGAAGGGAGAGACACCGUGGAGGUUCUUCCCCAAACUGUCCAUCUACCUGAGGGCCACCAACACCAGCCAGUCCUUCAAAAUCUCCAUCCUUCCUCAGGUGAAAACAAAUGUCCACCAUGUUGCAUCCGUGUGUUUGUUGUUUGCUUACUCCAACCAACAUCCACCAUAUUGUUAUGAGUUUUAGAUCUGUUUGCCGACAGCUCUUUGAUUGACAUUAGUGUGUCUGUGUGGCUCCUCUCUGCAGCUGUAUAUCCAGCCAAUCACAGACGUGGACGGUAGGCUGGAAUGCUUCCGCUUCGGCAUCUCGUCGUCGGCCAAUGGCCUGGUGAUAGGAGCCACCGUCAUGGAGGGCUUCUACGUCGUCUUCGACCGGGCUGAGAAGAGGGUGGGCUUCGCUGUCAGCAGAUGUGCAGGUGAGGGCUGGAGACACUUGGGGCAUCAAGGAUAUUAUUGGGUCUUACAUAAGGCCUUGGUCUUCCAAUACAAUAUGGUUAUGGCUCUAGCAUCAGAAAAUAUGUACUUUUUUUGGCUAUUAAAUGUUUAUCUGCUUGGUCAAGUGCCCUUUGUAUACCCAUCUCGCAUUCCACAGUACGUCAGCCAUAAUAACCCUGGUCCCUCUCUCCAGUGAACGGUGGGAUAGCAGUGUCAGAGAUCUCAGGGCCCUUCUCAUCUGCAGACGUGGCGUCUGACUGUGCUGCUGGAGGGCUGCUGAAGGAGCCCCUUCUCUGGGUCAUCUCCUACGCCCUGAUCGCCGUCUGUGUCGUGGUGCUCCUCAUCCUGCUCCUCCUCCUCGUCCUGCCCUGUCGUCCCCGAGACCGGUCCGGCGAGAUCACUGAUGAGUCCUCGCUGGUCCGCCACCGCAUCAAGUGA